UCACACUUGACUCGCCAUUUGUACACAGUGUGAUCAUGUUGCCCUGUCUACUGUUUCUGGUGAUUGGAAUGGUUGGGGGUGAAACAUGUGAUGUGGUAUUCCAGGACUCCACCCACGCCAAGGCCAGUGUUCAGGAGUGUAUUACAUCAAUGAUGCAGGACUUUGUAAGCGAAUUCGAAUCCGCGCGAAAGUCUGAUAUCAAGCUGAUUAAGAGCAUGCAAAUAGAAAUUGAAAAUCUUAAGGCUGACAAUCUGUUAAAUCGAAAAGAAAUUGAUCAGCUGAAAUAUGCCUAUCAGAAACAAGAGCGGCAAUAUCAACAGCUAAGCACCGAGUCAUCUGAACGCGUGGACAUAAUAGACAGAUUGAAAAUAAAAUUGGACAAUAUUACACUAGAAAACGGUUACAUGAAGGACAACCUGGACUCUUUGUCUAAAGCUUAUUUGCAAAAAGAUAAGAAAUUCGAAAGAUCAGUGUUAACGCCACGGACGCAUCGGGAACCUAUAACAGAUGUACCUGGGGACCUUUCACCAAGUAACCACGCCCCCGCUCGAUCCGUCUUUUCGUCGUCUGGCGAUUCAGAGACUACACCUGUAGCGUUCCAUGCCAUCCUUGCUCACAAGGUUAUAGAUCCCGGCAAUGACCAAGAACUCUCCUUCGAGCACGUCAUCACAAACACUGGUAACUACUACAGCCAUAACACUGGGGCAUUCACAGCCUACCAACCCGGUACGUACGUCUUCACGUGGGAAAUAACGGCGACUGCGUCCCAGUAUAUUGAUACUCACUUGGUUAAAAAUGGUGAUGUAGUCGGAUCCAUAAAGGCUUGGGGCUAUUAUACUUCAGGCAGUACGUCGAGUGGUUCAGCCGUCCUCGUUCUCAUUAAUCGGGAUGAAGUUUGGGUACGAGUUGGCGACCACACCGCAGGAGUAGAUGUCCUGGCGACAUACACGAUGUUCUCGGGGUUCAGAGUGUACUAAACUACCGUUAGCUGCAAUGCCUUUGAAACACAAAAUUGUAGACCAUGUCAUAUGACUACGACAAUAAAGGCUUUGGUUUGAAAACUAUUUAAAGCUUUAAAGCGAAAAGACAACAUAUGUUUUGUCAGUGCAAAUUUCUUAAACACCUUA